UUUUUGGCGGCGCGUUCGAACCGGAAGUUUCACCUUACUUACACACAUGUAAUCCUGUUCCCUAUUCCGGCUGAAGAAACGUUGAUCGUCUCCCCCUCAGAUGAAGGAGCCCAGGAUGGGAACUCUGAAGCCACUGACAGCCCUUUGGCUGCUCCUGCUCGUAGCACACAUAGCCCAGGCAGCGAGAGAGAAUCCCCUUAAGGAUCCGCGCAUUUGCGGACGCCCACAGUGCCAAAUCGAGAAUGCCAAGUUCAGUUAUGGCGAAUUCCAGUACAAAUACGAUUACACGGUGGCCGUGCGAACCGAGUUCGCCGGUUCUGGUGACAAUAGUUCAGAUCUCUUGCUAAAGGCCAGUCUGGAGAUAUUCUUCCCGAAACCCUGCGAGGGUUACUUGCGGAUCACCGAUGCCAAGCUCUAUGACACAAUGGACGACGCCGUUUUGUCUGGAAACGAAAGUGACGCCGUCACCGAGGAGCCGAGGGAUGUGUACGAUUACUACGAUAACGCUGGCAGCGAAGAGGCUGAGAAUGAGAGCUUCAAGGACCUGCACCCCAAGAGCAUUAGUCUGCAGCAGGACCUCGGCAAGAACCUGCUGCGGUUCUCCUAUCACGAUGGUCUAAUCAGUGAAGUGUGUCCGCAAGAACAGGAGACACCCUGGGUGCUCAACAUCAAGAAGGGCAUUCUGUCGGCCUUCCAGAACACCAUGAUGCGUUUCGACGUGGACUCAAACACCACAGAGACGGAUGUUUCUGGCCAGUGUGAUGUGCAGUACUUCCUAGAGGACACGGACAGUGUGUAUGUUAAGAUUAGGAAGACGAAGGACAUUGCAUCCUGCCGACAGCGCUAUGCCACACACUCGGUGCUGCAGACAACGCCGUAUACCUUCCGCGAUGACAAGACCAUCUGGCCCAUUCUCAAGUCUGAGAGUUAUUGCAAUUUAACCAUUGACAACAACGUCUAUCGCGAUAUUAGCUGUGAGGAGACCCACCUGCUGGUGCCCUUCUCCAAUGCCAGCUCUGGCGCCUUGACCACCAGUCGCAGUCACCUCAUCCUAAAGGGCGAGGAUCCCUACAGUGUUAGCGAGUUCCUGGAACAGAAUCCCGAGCUGGUGGAGCGUCGGGCCACCUUGAUCUUUGAUCACACUCCCGCGGUGAAGCCCACUCAUGAUGAGAUCAAGGCUGCCCGGGAGCUGUUGGUGCAGAUGUGUGCCGUCGGCUUUCCCAAUAUUCAGCGUGAGUUUAUCGAUGUCUUCACUAGCUUCCUGCAGACUUCCAAAAGUCUAGACUACAAAACCCUGUCCGUGUUGCUCCAGCGUUCGGCCAGUACCUGUGAUCAGGGAAAAAACCAUGUCCUGGAAUCCCUGCCCUACAUUGGCAGCACUGCCUCGUACCAGGUAAUGCGGGAUCAGAUCAUUAGUGGGAAGCUACCCAAGGAGAAGGCCCACAGCUGGAUGACCUCGCUCUCCUUCAUCACACGCCCGGACGAACAGACCCUGGAGACCUUCUACACAAUCCUCGAAUACGCCAAGAACAAAUUGGAUCCGGAAUAUACCCUCGGAGCCACCGCUGUGGUCCACAGCUUCUGUAAGCACCACGAGAACUGUGAGGAGAACAUGCGUGUCCAGCAGGUCAUCAAUUUGCUGGAGACCGAGUUCCUCAGCCUUUACAAUCUGUUCAAGGGCGAUCGCCGUAACCGUGAGCGAAUGGUUGUCCUGCUCAAGGGUUUGGGCAAUGUGGGUGUAAUCUCUUCGGCCUUUGCCGAGCAACUGCAGUGGAUAAUCCGGGAUGCAGAGGCCUCAGUGGAUCUCCGUCUGCAGGCCAUUCUUGCCUUCCGACGGGUGGACUGCCUCCGGCAUCGCACCUUCUUCCUGGACAGCUAUGCGAACUAUACAUUAAACUCGGAGCUGCGCAUCUACAGCUACCUGCAGGCCAUGCGGUGUCCGGAUUACAUUUCCGUGGGUGCCAUCAAGGCGGUGCUGGAACACGAGCAGAUCAACCAGGUGGGCUCCUUCGUGUGGUCACACCUCACCAAUCUGGCCAAGUCGAACUCACCGGUUCGCAUCGAGGCGCAGGGGUUGCUUCUCAAUGACGAACUCUCGGAUCGCUUCAAGUUGGACAUCCGCAAGUUCUCGAGAAACUACGAGCACAGUUUGUUCUUCGACGAAUACAACUUUGGCACCACCACGGAUGCGAAUGUCAUCUUUGGCACGGAUUCCUAUCUGCCGCGGAUCGCAAGUCUCAACUUUACCGCCGAUCUCUUUGGACAGUCGGUGAACUUCUUUGAGUUUACGGCCCGUGCCGAGGGAUUGGAGGAAAUGGCGGCCGCGGCCUUUGGUCCAAAGGGUCCUCUGAGUGGUGAACUGCUGCGCAAGAAGCUAUCGUUCCUGAACCGCUGGCUGGGUAAUGAAAGUGCCGAGGAGGAUGACACCAUCGAGAAUCUCUUGGGUCUGGACAACCUUCGGUUGAAGAGGAAAGCAACACAGCCUGCGGGUGGUGCAGAUGAUACCGAUGAGGAUGAGGAUUAUGACUACGAGGAGUCCCUGAGUGGAUCCAGGCGGCACAAGCGGGAUGCCGGCUCGGCACGGAAGCAGGAAAUCGAUCGCAGUGUGGAUAGUCUUGGUUAUAAGCUGAAGUAUGACUACAAGAAUCCACGGGCGCAGUUCGGUCUCCGGAUCUUUGGCAACGAUCUGCAGUACUACAAUGUGGAGAACAUGGUGGAAGUGAUGGCUCUGGCCGCCCAGUUCAAUCCCUUCCAGCAGGCCCAGAAAGUGCUCUCCGGCAAGGAGUUUAGCUACACAAAGUCGCGGGUCUUUUUGGAUGCUUCCUACACAGUUCCCCUGGCCGUGGGUCUUCCGCUGGCCAUUCAUGCAUUCGGAGCUUCGUCGGUGGAUUUACGCAUCAGCGGCAACUUGGAGGAGAUGGAUCCACCCACUGAUUGGCACUUUAAUGUCCAAGGUCAGUUCAAGCCCUCCGUUUCCGUAGACGUAAUCACCACCAUGCAAACGGACAUGUUCUGGGAGCAGUCGGGCAUCAAGGUGAAGAGCAACCUGUACUCCAACUCGGAGGUGGAGGCCAACCUGAAGGUGCGUGGUCGCAACCUGGUCUCCUUCUCCUUCAAUCUUCCCCAGGACCAGAAUGAAAUUUUCAGUGUGCGAUCCGAGCUGCUGGUGCACAAGCGGGAAGAGGAGGUGCCCCAGGCGGGCAUUGUCAAUCGCAGUGCCAACUCCACUUGCACGUGGCCCGUGCUGGAUCAGGCCAUUGGCCUGCAGAUGUGCUCCCACUACAGCGUCCCGGAUCUGAGCAAUGCCACGGAGAUUUAUCCCAGCCUCCUGCUUGCCGGUCCCCUCAACUUUAGCCUGAUCCUCAAGAAAUCGGAUCUAAGCGCCAAGAAGUACAAGUUCGAGUACAAAUGGGAUCAGCAGGAUCUGGACAAUAACUUUUCGUUGGUGUUCACCACCCCGGGUUCCAAGGUGCCGCGCGUCCUGGUCGCCAAUGUGACCAAGGUGCCAGAGGCCUUCAACGCCUCCGUGGCCUUUGUGAGGGGCCCGAAUCGUGUUUCUGCCGGAUGCAGCUAUGAUGGCAAUCCCGAUUUCCGGCGACUGGAUGUCUACCUGGAUACGAAUGGCAAUCGAUCACUGGAUUUGGGCAUGGAGCUGCGAAGAACGCAGGAUUUCACUGCCUGGAUAUAUAAUCCUCGCAUGCUGCUGGCCAUCAAUGGGGUGAACAUCACCGGACUGGCCGGCACUGUCAAGGUGAACGAGAAGAAUGGGAUCAAGCAGCACGACGUGGAUCUGUCCUUCGAAACCAAGAAGCUGCAGGCUGUCAUCAAGGGCAACAUUGUCCAGAGCGAAGUGACGACCUCAACCAACAUGACCAUAAAGUAUAGGUUCCAAGCCAACAAAAUUGAGGAAAUUAACUUUGCCGGCAAGCUGGUGGACAGUGGAGACAAGGCCAAGACGGAGUACCGUGGCAACAUGAAGCUCCAGACGACGGCCUAUCCCAAGCUUAACUUUGCCUCGGAGGCCACCUGGCUGAGUCUGCAGGGACACACAGAGGGAGUGAUCACUUAUAACAAUGCUCCUCCCGACUACGUGGAUCCCAAUUUCACGAGCCUGUUGCGUUUGAUCUUUGCCCGCUCCCACUCGGAGGACUCCGUCUGGGAGGGUUCACGCACCAGGGCGAGUCUAGAACUGAAGCUGCCCAGAUCUAAGAUCGACUACCGCAUCAUGGUCAAGCAUGAGGAGCGCAUCAAGAACGGAACCGAGCAUAAUGUGAUUGUGGGUCUAAAGUAUGCUCCGGAGAAGGAGGUCACGGGUCUCUUUUCGGUGCAUCUGCCACGCAGGAACCUCUUUGCCAUUGAUGCCUACAUGAAUGUAACAGUGCCGGAGUUUAAUUCGUGCACAGCCCGGUUGAAAGUGAACGAGAAAGCCACCAAGGAUUACAUUAUCUUCAUCAAUGGCUCCUGGUUCACUGGGCACUCGAUUGCCAUUAAAGCCAACUACAAGGAUCGCAGUUCACGCGUCCAGGCCCUGCAUCACCUCAAGAUGAUUGUGGAGAGUCCUUCGUUUGAGCUCACGUCCUUGAAUAUCGUUUAUCGUCGCAACCAGCUACUGAUCUUUUACGAUCUACAGGCGAAGUAUGGCAAGGAUCCCUAUGGUUUAACAAUACACCACACCGCCAAUGCACACAAUCGCAACUCCAAUGCGGAGGUGCGACUGAAGAUCAAGGAACGCGACUACUGGAUAAAUGCCAAGCUACUGUCCGAGCAACUCAAGCUCCUCAAUCUGGAACUGCACAUAGACAAGAUACGUGAUGUUCACAUCAAGGUCGGACUUCUGAAUGUGGAGAAGCGCAAGGAGCUCUCCCUCGAGCUGAAGUGGGACGCCAACCGGGAUCCCAGCCAAAGAUUGGGUCUGCUGGCAGAGUACAAUAAUCCGGGAACGAAACACUACGAUGCCAACGUGAUGGUCACUUACCCGGAACGCACAAUUAAUUUUGGCUUUAAUGCUUUCACCGGAGGACCCAAGUACUUUGGCAAGGCUCAUGCCUCCUGGAGCAUCACUGAGGUGAUUGAAUUUGACUAUGAUGCUGGCAUUCUGCCUGAUCAAACGCUCCACAAUUGGGUGCGCGCCGAGCUAAGGACACCCUUUGAGGGCUGGCGCACUAACAGCCUUGAGGCUGGCGUUUACAACAUGGACAACUUGAUCCUUGUCAAUUCCACUCUCUUCUGGGCGGAUGACCAGAAGCUGCAGGUGGGCUACAAGAGCGACUAUGACAUCAACAAUCAGCUGGUGAGCUUCGAUGUGCGAUUCGGCAUCAAUAGCACCAUCAAGGACAUACCCACGAUCAAUGUGAAGGUUGUGCACUGGCAGGAUGCCAAGAAGGUGGACACGGAGCUGUACCUGGGCUACAGUGGCAACGAUACCUUUAAUACAUACGGCAUGGAUUCAAGUUGGGAAAUCAAUCGGAAUCAGCACUACCACAACGUCUCCGGCUUGGUGCAUCUGAUCAGUCCGUUCAAGGGCUAUGAGAAGGGUGGCCUGGUGGCCCAAUUCUCGCUGAGCGACCAGAGAGCCGUAAGUGGAGCUGCUUCUCUCAACUUUGAUGUCCGGGAGUUCACCCUGACCAUGGAUGGUUACGUCAAGAAAUUUACAGACAACAUGCUGACCAUAAAUAUUACCACUCCGCUGGAGAAAUUCCCCACCAUCAACGGUCGCUUUGGUCUGAACGAGAAGAAGCGUCAUGCCGUGGCGGAGGUGAGAGCUCCCACUGCUGCAUUGGGAGUGGAGGCCCUGGCAGACAUCAAGAAUCUCCUGAACUUUGAUGUCAAACUGAGUCUGGCCACGCCCAUCGAGAGCUUCCAGCAGGCGGCCAUCUUUGCCCAGUUCAAUCCUGAACGGGCGGAUAUGCGUGGAUUGUGGAACAAUGCCACUCUGGGAUUCACGGGUGUGUGGCACAUGCAGAACCUGACGGACUUUGAGUACUCCUACAUGGUAUUCACUCCAUUGGCUGGCUUCGAGAAGAACGGCUUUGUAGCCCAACUCCUGAAACGGGAUGAGUUUGUAUUCAAGCUGCAUGGCAAGUUCUCGAACUACAAGCUCGGCGUGAAGAUCAAUGGGAAGCCCAAGUCGGAGUUAAUUAACCAACUGGGCAACAGUAAGAUAGAGUUGGAGAUGCUCUACGAUGCGGACUUUAAGCCCCUGAACGCCGAGAUGGACUACAAGCCGGAUCCGGAUGAGGAGUACUUCUCAUACUUCACCGACUUCCAACUGGACACUCUGGUUUGGCCCACCAUCGUGGGCACGGUGGACAUUCAGGAGAUCAUUGAUUUCUACCUGGUUGUGGGUCAUGUUCAGCUACCGCAGGGAAAGCUGGAGUUCAAGGAUCGUCUCCAUUAUCCUGACUACCUUAAUGUACACAAUCUGUUGACCGUAUCUACUCCGUUUGCUGUGGCCCAGGAGGUCAAGUCAAUUGUGGAAUAUCACAUCGAUUUGCAUUUCAACUCCUUCUACGAGCGGGUCAAGUUUAUGCUGAACGAUGACAAGGACCUGCCCCGAGAACUGGGCUUCGAGCUGAACUACACCAAACUGCAGGACAAUGUAAAGCCCAAGGCGCAUGAUGUCCAGCUCAAGCUCAUCACACCCUACGAGUUGCUCCAGGAGAUUGAUAUUCAUGGACGACUGGAACUGGAUGAUAAUGCCUAUAAGGGCAACAUUACCUCCACCACGGCGCAUACACAUCUUUCACUGGCCGCCUCUGUGGAGAACGAAGACAACUUCCUGGAGACCUCAGUGGGUAUUCUUUUGGAAACGGAUGUCAUUCCGCAUUAUGCCUGCCAGGUCUAUUUCAAGAAGGACUUCUCAGCCGUGGACAAUGCCAUCGAUAUUCGCUUCGAGGUCACUGAUAAUGGCACUGUUAAUCAGCUUCACAUAGCAACGGAUUGGCACACGGAUCCCUCGUAUAUCGUUAAUGCCAAUGGCAGAAUAAGUACCACCAUGUUGCCGCUGCAAGUGGCAUCCACUUCUGUUGUGGCCACUCGCGGUCAGAGCCCACAGCUUAGCUUUGAUUUGAACUUCCUUAGCCAGGAUGGCAAGAGCAUUGCCUAUGGCACAAGGGCCAACAAGAAGCAAGAUGUCUUCAAUAUUGAGGUGUGGACGCCACUAAAGAACUUCCGGAACAUCUCCAUGCAUGGCACUAUCGCUAAGAAUCCUCGCGAUGCUGAACGUUAUGAUGUGUCCGGAUACCUUUACAGGAAUAUGGCCACUUAUGGCAUCACAGGAGCAAUUCGAAUGUCUGACACCCUACCCAUCGAUGCCACUCUGAGAGUGCAGCCCAAGGCCGGAGGAAGGGAUGGAGUAAUUGAGUUAAAUAUCCAUGAGGCGGGACCAAAAAAAAUCCGUUUCUCAUUCAGUGCCAUCGAGGAUGGCAAGAUGUGCCAAAUUUCCGGCGGAUACAGUAUCAAUGAUCCCAAAGGAGCCAUGGAUUUCUCCGUGUUGGUGGAGAGUACAGAGCCGGAGAUAGCCCGCAUCAAUUUCAACGGAAACCUAAAGCCCACCCCCAAGGGAUCAUUGAUGGGUGACAUUAACUUGGAGACGCCGUGGAAGGAGCUGGGCAUCGAUUCGGUGAACCUACACUCGGAUGUGGGAGUCACCAGCACUGGUGGCAACAUAAUUGGCGAAUACAAGAUCGGCAAGUUCAUAGGACGCGGCAGUUGUCUGUGGUCCUGGAUCCUGGGCGAAAACGUGCAACUGAUCCUGGAGAGCUACCUGGAGCGGCCCAGUUCCCAACCCAGAAUCGUCCACGCCAGUGCCAAGUACUUGAAUCCGAAUCAGACUUUCCAGCAACUGCAGACUGGCGGCCGCCUGAGUGUCGACUCCAAGUGGAACCUCGAUGUGAACGGCAGUUUGCACUUCAAGUCGGUGGAUGACUUUGAAUUUAAGGUGCUCACCGAACUGCCUCUGCCAGUUGGGGAUCGUCACGAGCUACGUGCCCGCUACGAUGGCAAUGUGAUUAGCAAGCAAUUCGUGGAGCCCAAGUUCUUCCUUGAGGCCAGCUACGAAGCUCUGGAGGCGCAGAAAAGGAUUCUGUCCCGAGUGUCCUUCAGCAAUAAGACCAGCGAUCUGCACGGAUUGGCCCACUUUGAGUGGGGCCAGCUACAAGCUCUAUCCAUCGUGGAGGGAGAUUUCGAGUUGCUCCAGAAGGAGGGGGACCGUCGCGAGUUUUCCGCCAAGAUGAUCACACCCAAGUUCAAGGACGAGCACACCUUUGCCCUGGCCGGGCACUACAACAAGCAGGAUACGGACUACUACAAUGUGGUUUGCGCUUUGGACUAUCCUGAGAGUCGUCGCAUCACCGACCUGGACGUGUCCUUUAGCUCGCUGAGCAACAUGCAUGGCAAUUUCAACAGCACCAUGCCAUCGUUCCUCAAUGUCAGCUGGUUUAAGACCGAUUUUGAGUUCACUACCAAGAGUGGAAAGAGCUACCGCUACUGCCGCUGCGCCUGGCCGCAGGACUCGGCAUACUUUAAACUGAAGAGCACCUAUGACAGCGACGAUGCCAAUGGCAACCACAAUCUCAAUGGUAACGUGGAGGUAGAAGUUCCUCUGGCCACUCGCCAUCGGGCGGAUAUCAAGUAUGGCCUGCAGAAGAGACGCAACCAGGACUUGGGCAACAUUCUGGUCGUCUACAACGAUAAGCAGGCGCUAGAUGGCAAGUAUAAGCGUCUUGAGCAGCAGAAGCAUCCCAUUUACAAGGAGACCACGGACAUUACACUGGAGAAUGAUAUGAAGCCCCUGGGCAUACACUAUGUCAACACGAGGGACUCCAGCGAUCCCGCUGGCACCCAGGAUAUCAAGCACUUUGAGGUCUUUGAACUGCGAAAUACUCAAAACUUUAAUUUGACUGGAGAACUGCAUACUCGGACAACGCUUCAGGCCCAGGACUUUAAGGUGGUGGCCAUUCAUCCCAACCGAGCUGUGGUGCUGAGCACCAAGUACGAAGAUGUUAGCCCUGAGGUGGUGAGGCAGCACACCAAGCUGGAAUUAUCCGAGACGGCAUGGAUAGGCUAUAACCUGGAACUGGGCAACUUUAGCAAGGUUGGCAACGAAUCUCAGAGCUUUGCCCUGGAGAUCUUCUACCCCAAGCGUAAUCUCUCGUCCUCGGGCCGGUACUCCUUGACGGACAAGCACUUCAAUUCGGACCUCUCCUUCCACUGGGCGGGUGGUGACUACGAUCGUCAACCCAAAACGAUUCACAGUAAUCUGCAGUGGACGGCAGAGCCACUGCGUCGAGGAGAUCGCGAGCAUCGCACAUUUGCAUUAACAGUGGCACAUCCUCUUCUGGAGAAGGACAUCAAUUGCAAGGCAACAUACUACCGGGGAUUGCAGGAUCUUCUAAGGACACACCUCACCAUCGAUUAUUCAGACAGUCCCGAACAACUCAUCGAACUGGGUGCCCAGCUGACGGAUCACUUCAGUGAACUGGGCCACACAAACUACACCUUCGAGCUGUAUGGGAAGCACAUGGCCUCCGAGCUGGAUGUUCAGCUGAAUGGAACAUUGGCGGCCAGGAACUCAUACUACAAGACAGAGUCCACGGCCCAUUACAAGCGGGAAAUGUUCCCGGCAAGAUACGGCAAGUUCUUGGCCCUGCUGGAUGUGACCAAGCGGGAACUGGAGUACGAACGUCAGUCCCCAUUCCAUACGGUGCGUGUGCAUCUGUUGCCAACCCUUCAGUAUCCGAUUUAUGGGCUGAACGCCACUCUGUGGGAUACACCGGAUACGAACCACUCGGGUUAUGUGUAUGUGGACUUGGCAGAGCGAUAUGCCCGCAUGGACUUUAACUUGUCCGAAGAUGCCACCCAGAAUCUCCAGAUGGUGGGCUACAUUCCAGACUCACGCAGUGCCUACCUGGAUAUCUGGCGUAACUACGAGGAGAUCCGCGUGAUCGAUGUGAGCUCAUACCUAAAGAUGAAUCAUUCGCGACUGAUCACUGGACGCUUCCAUUGGCGCCCGGCCAUUCGACAGGAUCUACGCGAGAAGGUUCAAUCCGUGGGCAAAUCCGUCUACAGCUCCUUCUCCGAGGGCAUAGACUUCUGGAUCAAGUCCAUAUACACGGAAACCACCGAGUCAAUGGGCGUCGUCUGGAACAAUGCCAAAGAGUACAACAAAGAUUUCAUCGAGGACAUUGGACAACUGAGCAUUCUGGAGGAGGAUCUGAACGACCUGCGUCUGUUCGUGAAUCAGUCGUACGAGGCUAAUGAUUUCUACAUCAAAAACGUGGUGAACUUCACGCUGACCAUCCUGGACGAGCUGGCCAUCAGGGAUCAUAUCGAGUCCCUGCCCAAGAUCUUCUCGGAACUGUGGCAGGCGAUGGGUGAUUCUGGCAAGGCUCUGCGCAACAGCAUCGUCUGGCUAAUAGAAACCAUCAAGUCAACUUAUAACAAUCUGUUGGAUGCUGUGAGUCGAUUCUUCCACGGCGAAAGCCUGUCGUAUAUAUCGGGUUUGCUGGAGAAGGGUAUUGGAAAAUACGACAGCUUUGUCAAGGAGCUGCACAUCAAGUUCAUCAAGUACAUUGAGAAUCUCUGGCACAAGACCUGGACACUGGCAGAGAAUCACUGGAAGAGCGUCUUAAAGAAGUUCGAGCCGCAUCUGUUCAAGAUGAUCAGCUUUAUUGAGACGACCGCAUGGAAUCUCAGCAAGGAGGUGUUCGACUUUAUCUACAAACGCACCAACGAACUGGCAGAAUCGCCCUACUUUAAUACAGUGUCCAGUUUCACUGCGGAUGCAGAGCGUCUGUAUAGGGACGUGAAGGCUAACGAUGCCAUCACCAACAUCAAAAAGUACUCGACGCUGGCAUGGAAUUUCGUCAAGGAGAAGUACUUCAAGCUGGUGCCUUUCGGUGCCGAGUUGAAUGAGGUGCUCACCGAAAUCUGGCAAGAGCUGAAAGAGCUCGAGAAGAUUGACCAGGUACAGAUUAUGGUACAAAAGUACAACGAGAUUGUAGCCAAGGUAGAGUGGGUGGCGGAUGAGCUGCAACUGGAGUAUCGUCUGCAUCAGGUGUACGGAAUGGUGAGCAAUAAGUUCCGAAAUUAUGCCAUGAAUGCCCUGGAGACGGCCGACAUGUACAGGGAGGCCAAGACAAAGUUCAUCUUUGAUCCUGAGGUUGGCAUCAUCGAUCUGGAACAGAAGCUACCAAUGUCAUGGCACGCCUUCAAUGAGACCCCGAAAUUUGAGGAGAUACCCGAGUACCAGGUGCUGGCCAAGGCGCAGAGUUUCUUCAGCGAAACCAAUUCCUCGAUUGUCAUGAAGUUGUACAAUAUGCGGGCCCAUCUGGAUCCCAAGACUUGGCUCCCACCCUACUAUUCUCGAGCCUUGCUCAUUGACUCGCGGCACUAUAUGACCUUUGACCAGCGCUAUGUGGGUCUGAACCUUAACUUUGAGGAGUUUGGCAAUGGAAGACCGAAUGCCCAGUGCAGAUAUCUUCUGGCCCAUGAUUUCUUCAAGCGCAAUUUUACCCUGCUGCUGGAACCUGCUACCAAAUCCCUGACUGGCCAAGGACUCACCCGCAAGCUGAGCUUCAUAGCCAAUAAUCAACUGAUUGAGAUCGAUCUGGGCACAGAUCACAUCAGCAUCAAUGGCGAUCCGCAACCCAUUCUCCCCCUGAAGCUAGAUGCUGUGAGCAUCCAUCGUGAUCUGGACGUGCUCUCGAUUAUCUCGGAUACCGAGUUCAGCCUGCAUUGUAACGUUCAGUUCGAUCUCUGCUGGUUCGAGGUCAGCGGCUGGUACUUUGCCAGGACGGCGGGAUUACUGGGCACCUUGAACAACGAACCCUCCGACGAGUACACCAUGUCCAAUAGUUUGAUUGCCAACGACACUCAGGAGUUUACAGACUCAUGGAGCCUGAGGCACUGCCGACAGACGGAGUUCGCCAAGACGCAGGAGAUUAGUAAGGAGGUCAGCGAGACAUGCACUAGUUUCUUCCGAACAGGAAUGCUUGCCAGUUGCAGCGCCGUCCUGGAUCCCACACCCUUCUACGAGAUGUGCCUGGAUCUGGGCAUGAAAUCGCCACCAAUACGCAAGGGACAUCCGGCAGUCAAGGGAGCAUGCUCAGCGGCCUUGGCCUAUAUCGAGGCCUGUACAGUUCUAAAGGUGCCUAUGCGAGUGCCAUCGCAGUGUGUGUUCUGCCAACUCUCGAAUGGUUCUUAUGUUCCCGAGGGCACUUUCAUGGAACUGAGCGGCGGAGAAAUACCACACAGCAGCGAUGUGGUCUUCCUGGUGGAGGCCAAGGACUGUAAUGCCAAUCUCAAGACAUCCAAGAGCAUAAUGACCGUGGUGGCAAGCAUUGAAGAGCAGCUGCAGGCCGCCAAGCUGACCAACAAUCGAUAUGCUGUAAUGGCCUUUGGCGGAGUAGCUCCCUAUGACAAGGCUAGGAGCGUUAUAUACGAGCACAAUGUGUUCACCUCCAAGCCGGAACAGCUGGCGGAAUACUUUGGACACAUCAACACCGGAAAUGGCACCAGCAACGACAUCCUGAUGGCCAUUUCCACGGCAGCGAAGCUCAACUUCCGUCCCGGUGUGUCCAAGACCUUUAUCCUGCUCUCCUGUAGUAGGUGUGCGGCUAAGGACAUGCGCUUCGAUUACACCUCCAUUCAGCAAUACAUGCUGGAGGAGGGCAUCACCCUGCAUGUUCUGGCAGACACGGAGUUUGACUUUGAGAGCAGCAAGAAGCUGCGCCACUUCUUUGGCCUGGACCGCAAGCUCAUCUUCUCGAAACGAUUCCCCGAGGGCGACCUGGAGACCCGGAAUUCCACCUUUAUACCCAAGAGUACUCUGGGUAUCUGCACGGCUUUGGCUUUGGAGACGAACGGUUCUGUGUUCAGUGCCCGGAAGCUGCAGCCGGAGCGCAAGUAUCCCAUCAAGCGAUUUGCCACCAUCUUUGCCAAGCGCAUUGCCUCCAGUGCCAAUCCCAUUCAGAGCCAAACCUGCGAGUGCUCCGCUCAUAAUACGGGUGUGGCCUAUAUGGCCUGUUCGCCGCAAUCUCUGCCGGAGGAGAAGUACGAUCUGGAUGAUUAUGACUCCUUUAGCAACUGGGACUGGAGCGAUGAGCCUGAGGGCGAGGCCUAAGCUACGCUCUAGUUUUUAGUACUCCGCGAUUAGUUAGCUAGUUCAGUUAUGUCCACGCCGAAUGUAAAGUUUUUUUAUAAAGCAUAACCACGACAAGACAUAUUUUGUAAAAAAGAGAAGAAAUAAAUCAAUAAAUCACCAUUGUAAA